AUGGAGGAUGAGGCUGGUUGUGGUUACAGAACCCCACAAUUCAAAGAAAGGAAACGAAGCUCCUACACAGGUCCCUGCUCUCAGCAGCCAGGCUGGUGCAUUGCUGCUCUAAUUCUAGGGACUAAGGCACUGCUGCAGGGAGUUGCAAUAGCUUUAGCUCUGCAAGCCUUGAGGGAGUGUUGUGAAAAGGCUGUGAAGACAGAGGCCUCACUAAGGCAUAACACAAACCACACUUCAGUGGAAGAUACCCAUGGAGCUCACUCCUUGGUACUGAGCAGGCUGAAAGAGAAUCUGUGUGGAAAUAAACAGGGAACAGAGUGUGAGCUCUGCCCUCCUGAGUGGCUGCUGCACAGAGGAAGGUGUUACUACUUCUCAGAGGAGAAGAAAAUCUGGCAGGCCAGCAAAGAUUAUUGUGCAGCCAGGAAAUCCAGCCUCCUGAUUUUUGAAAGUGAGGCAGAAAUGGGAUUUUUCAGUACCCAAUAUGAAGAUGCUACUUUUCGCUGGAUUGGAUUAAAUUUCAAAGAAGGAGGAUGGACAUGGCUUGAUGACCCCAAAUUACAAGGAUACAAUUUUACCAUGAAAGACAGAAAAGGUGGAGGGGGCUGUGCUGCUUUCAAGAAGCAGGAGAUUCAUGCGGAUAGCUGUCAUUCAUCAUACAAGUGGAUCUGUAAGAAAAAGGCAACUCUACUGGAUUUCUGA